AUAAUGAACUCCCACAGCCCAUUUAUUUGGAAGACUUGUUAACAAAGGAGCGGAGAUUCCAGAAGCAUGGUUUACUAUUUACGUGAGGCCAAAGCAUAAGAAAUUGAUGGAACGAGAAACCAGCCAUGGAGCAGUGGGAAAUGCAGAUGACCUGGUUUGCAAAAGAUGUUAUGGCAACAAAGCAAUCAAUAUUUCUUCUCUUGUAGCACAAGAUUGCAGGACCCUUCUGCCCAAUGCAAUCCAGAAAUACCCACUCUUACAAUAACAAACAAAAUCUAACUGACCACAGGAUUCUUCUUUACUUUAUGCAGGAAGCAGGCCUAUGGCUGUAGGAAGGAACAACACAAUUGUGACAAAAUUCAUUCUCCUGGGACUUUCAGACCAUCCUCAAAUGAAGAUUUUCCUUUUCAUGUUAUUUCUGGGGCUCUACCUCCUGAUGUUGGCCUGGAACUUAAGCCUCAUUGCCCUCAUUAAGAUGGACUCUCACCUGCACACGCCCAUGUACUUCUUCCUCAGUAACCUGUCCUUCCUGGACAUCUGCUAUGUGUCCUCCACUGCCCCUAAGAUGCUGUCUGACAUCAUCACAGAGCAGAAAACCAUUUCCUUUGUUGGCUGUGCCACUCAGUACUUUGUCUUCUGUGGGAUGGGGCUGACUGAAUGCUUUCUCCUGGCAGCUAUGGCCUAUGACCGGUAUGCUGCAAUCUGCAACCCCUUGCUUUACACAGUCCUCAUAUCCCAUACACUUUGUUUAAAGAUGGUGGUUGGCGCCUAUGUGGGUGGAUUCCUUAGUUCUUUCAUUGAAACAUACUCUGUCUAUCAGCAUGAUUUCUGUGGGCCCAAUAUAAUCAACCACUUUUUCUGUGAUCUCCCUCCAGUCCUGGCUCUGUCCUGCUCUGAUACCUUCACCAGCGAGGUGGUGACCUUCAUAGUCAGUGUUGUCAUUGGAAUAGUGUCUGUGCUAGUGGUCUUCAUCUCUUAUGGUUACAUUGUUGCCGCUGUUGUGAAGAUCAGCUCAGCUACAGGUAGGACAAAGGCCUUCAGCACUUGUGCCUCUCACCUGACUGCUGUGACCCUCUUCUAUGGUUCUGGAUUCUUCAUGUACAUGCGACCCAGUUCCAGCUACUCCCUAAACAGGGACAAGGUGGUGUCCAUAUUCUAUGCCUUGGUGAUCCCCGUGGUGAAUCCCAUCAUCUACAGUUUUAGGAAUAAGGAGAUUAAAAAUGCCAUGAGGAAAGCCAUGGAAAGGGGCCCCGGGAUUUCUCACGGUGGACCAUUCAUUUUUAUGACCUUGGGCUAAUGUUUACAAUGAAGCUGUGAGCUGGGUCAAUUGUGCAGACAUUUAUGUAAUUUUAAACUAGUUGAUCUAUAGAAUGAAUUGUGGGAAUCAGGCUUUUUUCCCUCCUGCUUAAGAUUUCACUAAUAGUUUGCCUGUUGGCUAUUAGAAAACAUUUUGGCCAUUGUUGCUUUGUAAAAUGAAUAGCAUUGUAUAGUUUGAGAUUUUAAAUGCUCUGCUUAGCAGAAAACUUCACCAUGACAAAAAACAUCCUGGAAUGUUAAAACAGAGUUUGUAUGUAGAGGAGGAAAGUCAUCGAAAAAAUGUUAGUCCAGCAUUUAGUGUGGUGAUCUUUAAGGUACAAUAUGGUAUAAUGACCUGAAGAGGAUGAUGUUUUUUCUAAACACAGUUGCCUUUCCCUCUUCUGAGAUUCUCACAUGGUUUCCUUAGAGCUCAUGAAAACCACAGGGCAGAUACCUUCCCAUGUUUCAGAAACAUGGCCAUAGGAGCCCCUGUGACUGAUGGGAGAGUUUUCAUACUCUUUAGAGGCAUUAAGGCAAGAAUUCUGAUUUGGGCCUUGAUAUAAUUUGGAUAUUUGUCCCCACUCACAUCUCAUGUUUAAUUGCAAUCUCCAGUGCUGGAGGUGGGGCCUGGUGGGAGGUGUUUGAAUCCAUGUGGGUGGAUCUCUCAUGGGUUGGUGCUGUAUUCACGAUAGUGAGUUCUUGUGAGAUCUGGUCAUUUAAAAGUGUGUAGCACUCCCCCCAGUCCCCUGCCACUCUCUCUCUCCUCUCACUCUGCCUCUCUCUCUUGCUCCUGCUUUUGUCAUGUGAUGUACCUGCUCCCCCUUUGCCUUCUGCCAUGAUUGUAAGCUUCCUGAGGCCUCGCUAGAAGCUAAGCUGAUGCCAGCACCAUGCUUCCUGUAAAGCCUGAAGAACUGUGAGCCAAUUAAAUCUCUUUAUGAAUUACCUAGCCUAAGGAAUAUUUUUAUAGCAGUGCAAGAACAGUAGGCCUUAAUGACUGAACAAAAAACCUCUCGGCCAAUUCAAUCAGCUACAAAAAGAGGCCACUAAAACAAUUUGAAUAAAACCAAGGAAUUAUUGCUUAAGCCCAAAGUGACAGCUUUCUAACUGACAAUUAAAGUUUCUUAGGAAUCUAAAGAGAAGCAUACGCUCAUUUGGGAUGAAAAGUUCUCUAUUUUUAUCAGGGUUGUGAUUAAUUCUAGAAGAGAACUUAGCCAAAGAAUUGAAGAAAAUGAUUUUUCUCCUCUACAUUUUCUCAGAACUUGUUAUGUAUCCUUGAACUGGCAGUAAAGAACUAGAAUAAAUUCAUUCAGCUGUGGCCUUUCUUGGGUAGGCUAUAAAUAAGUGAGUAAAUAAUAUCUGCCUGUGUGUCUUUAGGCAAGUUGCUUGGACUCUAGGUGCCUCAGAUCCUAACCAUAAAAUGGAAAUUACAAUAGUAAUUUUAUCCUAGGAUUAUUGUGAAGAAUUAAAUGAGUCAGUACAUGUAAAUACUUAGAAUACUGCAUUGUGAAUAGAAAAUGUCCCAGAGGUGCUAUUACUAUUAUUAUUAUUAUAUAAUGCUUAAUCAUUAUCCAAAUAGAAGAAAUAGAAGAGAUUUCCUUAGUUUGGUAGGAAAUGUAAUUUUUGCAAUGGCUUUAUUGCAUUAGAAAGAGGAUAUGGAGGGACUUUUGCAAAGAGAGUUAAGAAUAUUCACUUUUAAGUCAUUGGACCUGAGAUUAUUAAUUUCAUCUCUGCCAUUUUGUAGGUACAUAGCCUGAUCCAAGUUAUUUAGAAACUCUAUUUUCCUCAUCUGUAGCUACCUGAGGACUAAGCUCUGAUUUUUUUUAUCUUGCCCAAAUUCCUUUCCAAGGGGUCUGGGGAGUCAUGCCUUGGAAACCAUAAAUUCUCAUUAGAUGGGUUUUAUUUAACCCCGUAUACAGUGACUUACUUUACAAUCUGACUGUAGCAUAACAAGGAAGAAAAUCAAAAUGUUUUACACCAAAAUAUAUUUCCUUGCCAUACCUUGAAAUUGCCUUGCAAAGUCUCUUGUGGGAAAAAUCCACAUUCUAUAGAGAAUCCCCUCUCCACUUUGUUGUCCUUCCUUCCUUCCCUGAUCUAGGAGAUAAUCAACUAAGAGCCAGGCACCCUUUUAAGUCCGAUAAGAAACAAUUUACAACCUGCUCUCUCUGAAGUCUGUUGUCUGAGAGCUUCUUCUGCACAAUAAAACUUGGUCUCCACAGUCCUUUACCUUAACCUGAACAUUUCUUUCCAUUAAUCCCAGAUCUUCAGACGAACUCAACCAAUUGUCUGCCAGAAAAUGUUUAAAUUUACCCAUAGCCUGGAACUCUCCACUUUGACUUGUCCCGCCUUUCUGAACAAAACCAAUGUAUUUCUUAAAUGUAUUUGAUUGAUGUAUCAUGCUUCCCUAAAAUAUAUAAAACCAAGCUGUACCCUGACCACCUUGGGCGAAUAUUCUCAGGACCUUCCGACGGCUGCAUUGCGGGCCAUGGUUACUCAUAUUUGGCUCAGAAUAAAUCUCUUCAAAUAUUUUACAGAGUUUGACUCUUUUUGUCAACAUACCCCAUAAAAUUGAUACAACAAUUAAGUGAGAAUAUGCAUAAAGAGGGCUUAGCCCGGUGCCUGGCAUAUGGUAAUACUUAGUACAGGUUAGCUUAUGUUAUUAGUCAAUAUUUUUACUCAGUUUUAUAUAAAUCAAGGAAAAUCCGGGUAAUGUGUUAAAAAGAGACCAAAGAAAUAAGUUUAGGGUAUCCACUCCAAUUGAGACAUAUCAGUCUCAGCCAACCGGCGCACCCAUAUUGCUAUCUCUAUGAUUUCUCUUGCAUAUCAGAAGCAGUUCUUAGGGAACUAGAGUGGGCUCAGGUUCACAGCUGUGGCCACUUUGCCAACUCUAUCAGCUACCUGGAUGCCUCUCUCCCUUUUCCUUAUAGCUAUUUUUUUCCUCCACCAUUCUUGACCUGUACUCUAACUCACCAAGCUCCUAUCCUUCAGUUUAUCAAUUUUCAAAAUGGUAGUCAUUGAAGCGACACAAUUAACUAAUGAAAAUGUCUCAUGCUUUGGAUUUACAUGGAGCUAUUAUCAAUCUUUACCAUCUCUAAACUUUUUUGAUGAACAGAGAUUCUGAAUAAAAAGUCUUCAUAAAAAUUUUUCUUGUUCAAUCACAUAUAUAUCUAUGAGUAAUGGUAAAUUUCUCAUUGCACUGAGAAGAUAUAAGGUAUUUUUGCAGUUUGCCCAACUACCAAGAAGAAUGUAAGUCUUAUUAAUAGAAUUAAUAUGCAUUAAUUGUAAUACAUAAGAUGGAGAUUGGUUGUAAGACUUGAACGUUUGGGGGUAUACAGUAAGCCACAUGUUAAAUAUUUCCUAAGCAAGUGUAUUUAUUAUGGGGCAUAUAAUCAGACACACAUUAAACAGAAUAUUUUGGGCCCUUAAGGAAUCAGGCAUUUUAUAGCCAUUUGAAGGAGGAGGAGGUGAAACUCUUUCCUGGGAGGGCUAGCUAGCUGGAGAUAGAAUUCACUUUAGUAAAAUUACCAUCAUCUAGGGUGUGGCACUCAUGUUUGCAACUUCCAAAAAUCUUUUCCAGAUGGACUGAAGUUAACCAAGCUCAGAAUAGCUAGCUGCAUAAGCCAGAAUGACAGAUUUAAUUUUCAGUGAAGAACAAAGCUGCCAAGCUUGAACUUACGCCAGUGGCACAAUUAUCCAUCUGUCAGGAAGCCAUAUAGAAAGACAAAUUACAAUGAAAAGUCUAUUUGGAGAGAAAGGGAUCACAGCAAAGCUGAUAAAGUGGAUCAGUUCCUGAUACACCCAGCUAGAGGGUCCAGAUCGGCUGAGGCCCUGGGCAAGGGCACUACCAGUUUUUCUCCCCAAGCAUUCCUUUUCCUUUCUUCCAAGAUGACUGUCCUCCCUUCUAAUCAAUAUUUAUAGAUUGAUGAACUUACAGCUUUUCCUACUUUUGGUCUAAGAAAUAUAUAUAUUUUUCUCUAAAAUGCUUCUGUGACACAAUUUACACACAGAGAGUGUGUAGUGAAACCACGGGCUGAUUUUAUGGUUUAAGUUUUAGAGUUUUGUAGACACCUUGUUGUUGUCCUAUGCACCAUCAACAUUCACUUACUUUUUUUCUUUGUAGGUACAUAUAAUUAUGCACACUCAUGAAUUAAUGAGUGAUGCAUUAAAGGAGCUCUGAUGAGAUGCUUAACAUUUUUCUAAAGAUGAAUAGUCUUAUGUUUCUAGUCUUAAACCUUCACAAACCUAGAGCUUGCCUACUCUGUGAUCAUCCACAGAAAUGAGGAAUCAUUUGUAUUUCACUUGCUUGUGUCUAGAUAAUGAAUCUGGAUCUCCCUGACAUAAAAGCAAGCAGGGGCAACCUGACUAUCUUGCAUGUAAGGUGAUAUGCCAUGUAGGCCAGCACGUUCUUCCAUCAGCUUGAUCCGUGACUACCUCCCUGAUUUCCUGGUGACUUGUCCUCAUGUCUAUAACAUUUUCAAACCCCCUGGGGAUGAUAAGCCAGGUGUUUAUAUUGACCUUUGCUGCCUUUAUUUUACCCUCUCUCUUCUUGUGCUUCUCUCUCCCCUUAUGCUGGUUAAGACCUCCUAUAUGCAAUACUGCUUGUGGGCCUGGCCAGGGAUAAGAGUUCACUCUUUUGUACAGGCAAAUAAAUAGCCACACCAGUCUCUUGCAUUCAUGGCUUGGAACUUUUACAAACUAGAUAUAGCAGCAUCUCUCUUCAGAAUUGCCAGACCAAAUGGCUGGCAGUAUCUAGUUGAAGAGACUAACCGCACACUUUGGGUGGGACCACAUUCUAUAAAUAAACCGGCAGCUGGGACCCGGGGAGACCUCAUAGAAAAACAGAGAAUUCAUCUUGUGUUCAAAGCCACGUUCUUCUGAGAUAGAACUAUGAUGUCAAACUAGACUUAAAUGUCAGCAUGCAUAGAAAAAUUGGCAUGCAUAAAGUAUCACUUUGAUAUUGUAUGGUAUAUUCUUGUUUGUUCUAAUAAAACAUCUUUCUUAUGCAAAAAGAGGC